UAUCACGUAAUUCGCAAGUUGGGAUGGGGUUACCUCUCAACUGUAUGGUUAUGUUGGGACACCAAAGACAAACGAUUUGUUGCGAUGAAAAUUGUCAAAUCAGCAGACCAUUACACUGAAGCUACUCAAGAUGAAAUUAAGCUGUUACUUGCUGUGCGCGAAGCCGAUCCGGAAGAUCCCGGAUGUCAACGAGUUGUUCAACUGCUCGAUGAGUUUACUGUCAGUGGAGUUAACUGGCGUUCAUACCUGCAUGGUGUUCGAGGUCCUUGGUUGUAA